AUGGAUCGGCCGUACCAGGGCGGCAGCGCGGCGGCAUCGUGCGUGGAGGAGGGCGGCAGGAAAGGCGAGACCUUGGACGACGCGGCCGCGGAGGAACUCGCGGCGAAGCUUCGUCUGAAGUUCCGGACGGGCGAGACUCGGAACUUGGCGUGGCGCGAGCAGCAGCUGCGCAACCUGGUGCGCAUGGCGGAGGAGCACGAGGAGGACAUCAUGACCGCGCUCAAGACCGAUCUGGGGCGCGGCCGCAUGGAAGCCCUCAUUGAGGUGCUGGGCGUAUGGAAGGCUGCGAGCCACAUGCUGAAGCACUUCAAGAAGUGGGUCAAACCGCAAAAGGUGGGCACGCCCCUGACGUUGAGGCCAGGCCACUCAGAGGUGGUGUACGAGCCGCUGGGUGUGGUGCUCAUCAUCGCGCCCUGGAACUUCCCCUUCCUGCUGUCUCUGGAGCCACUAGUGGGAGCCCUGGCAGCGGGCAACGCGGUGGUGCUCAAGCCCUCAGAGCACUCCCCCGCCUCCGCGCACCUGCUCUCUCGCCUCCUGCCCCUCUACCUCGACUCGCAGGCCGUGCAGGUGGUGGAGGGCGGGCCAGAGACAGGCAAGGCACUGCUGGGGCGGCGGUGGGAUAAGAUCUUUUUCACGGGCGGCACUGCGCUGGGGCGCAUUGUGAUGGAGGCGGCCAGUAAGCAUCUGACACCUGUCACUCUGGAGCUGGGCGGCAAGAAUCCACUGUUCAUCGACGAGUCUGCUGACCUGGAGAUCUCAGCGAAGCGGAUCGUAUCGGGCAAGUGCACGAACGCGGGGCAGGUGUGCCUCGUGCCCGACUAUAUCCUUGCCUCCAAGGACGUGGCUGCGAGACUGCUGCCCCAUCUCAAGGCGGCCAUCGAGCAGUUCUACGGCACCAACCCCGCUCUCUGCCCUGACCUCGCCCGCAUCAUCAACGCCUCUCAUGUGCUCCGCCUGCAGAAGCUGCUCCAGCACCCUGCUACAGCCUCCUGUGUCGUGCACGGGGGGCAGAGCGAUGUUGAGUCGAGGUACUUUGCACCAACACUGCUGCUCAACGUGCCCUGGGAUGCCCCCAUCAUGCAGUCCGAGGUCUUUGGACCCAUCCUGGCCAUCCAAACUGUGUCGGGAAUCGACGAGGCCAUUGACAUCAUCAACGCGCGCCCCAAGCCGCUGGUGGUGAUGGUGUUCUCGUCCCGGGAGGACACGAGGCAGCGCUUCCUCAAGGAGACCAGCUCGGGGGCUGUCGUGGCCAACGAGCUCAUCCUGCAGGUGUGCUCGGGGGCUGUCGUGGCCAACAAGCUCAUCCUGCAGGUGCGGUUGAGGGAGGGGAAGGGAAGGAGGAGGGAGGAGGACAGAGAGAGGAGGCCAGAGGGAGCUGUGCAGAGGGAGAGGCAGGGAGAGGCAAGAGAGUGGGGGUGUCACCCCCUUCUCAUGCUCACGACUGAAUCACCUCUCCUUCUCACGCCACCACCCAUCUCUACCUUCUUCCCUCCCCAAUCUCUCCCUUUGUCUGUCCCAUAUCUCUCCCUUCUUUCCACUCCGGGGCAGGCGGGCAACCUGGAGCUACCAUUCGGGGGAGUGGGCGACAGCGGCAUGGGGCGGUACAAGGGGCGCUGGUCCAUGGACUGCUUCAGCCACUGCAAGGCCGCCUACACCAAACCCCUCUCUAGGGACCUGGCGGCACGCUUCCCUCCCAGCACACGGCGCGGAGAGAUGAUUGUGAAGGCGGUGAUCAAAGGGGCGUACUGGACGCUGCUGCUGCUGCUGCUGGGGCUCAAGAAGCAUUAG